GUUUGGUUUCCGCACGUCGCGGAACCAGCGGCCCGUCAAACUUCCAUAGUAAAAGGGACUGGCCAAGAAUAAUGUUCCGAUUUCAAAUCCUCCACCUCUAGAUCAUUGAUACAAGCCCACCGGCAGCCGUCAGUCAUCCAUCGUCACUCUUUCAACCCCACGUCAUAUCAUUCGAUUCUCACACUCUUUUUGACUUGGCCACUUCACUAUGAAGCUGCAUUACGCUCUUUCUAUUCUGCCCUGCUUCGGCAGCGGCGUCCUUGGGUUCCCCGCAUACGCAGCUGAUGCCCUCAGAGAGGAGCUCUCAUCCAAGCUCUCCGGACACAUCGCCAGCGCCUUCCACGAGGUACAUGAGAAGAGACUUCUAUUCGACCCAUUGACAACACCUAUCGAUGUCACCGGCGACCAUAAGUUCAUCGCACCCGACUUUAAGAAUGGCGCCCAGCGUGGUCCCUGCCCGGGGCUGAAUGCCCUGGCGAACCACGGCUACAUCAGCCGCAAGGGUGUGACGAGUUUAGUCGAGGUCACGGCCGCUAUCAACACUGUGUUUGGCAUGGGAUUGGAGCUUUCGACGAUUUUGGGAGUGAUGGGAACUGUUUUCGUCGGAAACCCUCUAUCUCUCAACCCAGGUUUCUCCAUUGGAGAUGCUGCCAGCGGAUCCAACAACAUCCUGGGCAAUCUUAUCGGUCUCCUUGGUACGCCUCGCGGACUCAAUGGCUCCCAUAACAUCAUUGAGGGCGAUUCUUCCAACACUAGAGCCGACUUGUACAUGACAGGAGACGCUUCGACCAUGGUCAUGGAGCAGUUCCAGUCCUUCUACGACACGUCUUCCGGCGAGGGCGAUUACAACUUUGAGUUAUUUGCCGACAGAGCCUCGAUUCGCUUCAAUGAGACUAUUGCGACCAACCCAAACUUCUACUAUGGUCCUUUCACCGGCAUGAUUGCUCGAAACGCGGGCUUUUUGUUUGCUUGCCGCUUGUUUGCGAACCACUCCGCGGAGAAUCCCACUGGCCUCUUGAACAAGGCCACACUGAAGAGUUUCUUCGCUGUAGAGGGCGAAGAGGGCAAUCUCACGUACAACAAAGGCUGGGAACGUAUUCCAGAGAACUGGUACCGUACGCCGGUGGACUACGGCUUGGUCCAGCUGAACUUGGAUCUCCUCGCCUGGAUUGCCAAGUACCCAGAGUUGGGAAGCAUCGGCGGAAACAUGGGAAAGGUCAACAGCUUUGCGGGAGUCAACCUUGCGGAUCUUACUGGGGGUGUCCUGAACCUCACCAAGCUGUUGGAGGGCAACAACCUGCUGUGCUUCGUCUUUGAGAUUCUCAAGACCGCCUCACCAAACUCGCUGUCCACGAUCUUUACCAUCAUUGAGGCGCCUCUCAAGCUUGUCACCGACACUGUUGGCGCCGCCAUCCUCAACUUGGCCUGCCCGGCCUUCAAGGACAUGACUGUAGGCGGAAAGAGCCUGGAUGAAGGCCUCAAGGAACAAUACCCCGGCGCGAAGAUGGCUGACAACAUUCUUUGAGAUGGUCAUCCUCGUCUCUGAAUGCCAUGAUUCAGAGUAAUGUAGAGCCAACCCUGCAUAAGCGACAAGACUAUUAUCAGCCGAUCUAUACCCUAUUUAAUUCAUAAUCUUGCUGUUGAAGCAAUAAUCUCGGUC